AUGCCACGUCAGCCCAGAUCUUCCCGCUUUGGUAGAGCUUGUGGUGGAGACUUCGAUGCAACCAUGGCUUCCCUCCUCGCCAAGACCCCCGUCGCAGCGCAGACGGCGACGCUGAAGUCGUCGUUCCUGGGCUCCAAGCCAGAGGCGAAGGCCGCGAGCGCUGCGCUGCCGGUGAAGAAGUCCGACGCGCGCGUGGUGUGCAUGGCUGGUGACCGUUGGGGUGCUCUGGGCCGCGAUACGUCCGACGACCAGCAGGACAUCACCCGCGGCUAUGGCCUGGUCGACUCCGCCUUCCAGGGUGCUCAAGGCAUUGGCACGCACAAGGCUGUCCUGUCGUCGUAUGACUACGUCAGCCAAGGCCAGAGGAGCCUGCAGUGGGACAACACCAAGGACGGCUACUACAUCGCUCCCGCCUUUAUGGACAAGGUCGUCGUGCAUCUCGCCAAGAACUUCAUGAAGCUGCCCAACAUCAAGGUGCCGCUCAUUCUGGGAGUGUGGGGAGGCAAGGGUCAGGGCAAGACGUUCCAGAUGGAGCUCAUCUUCGCCAAGCUCGGCAUCAACCCCAUCAUGAUGAGCGCGGGAGAACUCGAGUCCGGCAACGCGGGCGAGCCGGCGGCGCUGAUCCGGCAGCGGUACCGCGAGGCGUCGGACGUGAUUAAGAAGGGCAAGAUGUGCUGCCUCUUCAUCAACGACCUCGACGCGGGCGCGGGCCGCAUGGGCGGCACGACGCAGUACACGGUGAACAACCAGAUGGUCAACGCCACGCUCAUGAACAUCGCCGAUAACCCCACCAACGUGCAGCUCCCCGGCAUGUACAACAAGGACGAGAUUCCCCGCGUGCCCAUCAUCGUGACGGGCAACGACUUCUCCACGCUGUACGCGCCGCUGAUCCGCGAUGGGCGCAUGGAGAAGUUCUACUGGGCGCCCACGCGCGAGGACCGCAUUGGCGUCGCGCAGGGCAUCUUCCGCCUCGACGGUGUGCCCGAGCAGGACGUUAUCACCCUCGUUGACACCUUCCCCGGCCAGUCUAUCGAUUUCUUCGGCGCCCUGCGCGCCCGUGUGUAUGACGACGAGGUGCGCAAGUGGGUGGGCAAGGUCGGCGUGGAGCAGGUCUCGAAGCACCUCGUCAACUCGCGGACGGGCCCGCCGAAAUUCGAGCAGCCGAACAUGAACCUGGAGACGCUGCUGGCGUACGGCAACAUGCUGGUGAAGGAGCAGGAGAACGUCAAGCGCGUGCAGCUCGCCGACACCUACCUCGCAUCGGCUGCUCUGGGUGAUGCCAACCGCGACCAGAUGGAGCAGGGAACCUUCUUUGAAGGUGGCUAUGCCCAACAAGUGGGAGUGCCGGUGCCAACAGGCUGCUCCGAUCCCAAUGCUGUCAACUACGACCCCACCGCCCGCAGCGACGACGGCAGCUGCGUCUAUGACUUUGCCCAAUAA